AUGUUGCCUUCAUUGUCGUCCCGGAUGCUGUUACGGCUGCUGCUGCUCAUCGUCCUCAGCGUGGCCUCAUGCCAAGGGCCCCUUGGGGCUCAGGCACAAUUGUUUUUCAGGCCGUUACCCACCGAAGCGGCUGAUGAUGAUGCGGUAGGACGACUUGCUGCAAUAGACGUUGAUUUGGCUGAUACAGCUGCUGCGGUUGAUACAGCUGCUGCGGUUGAUGCAGCUGCUGUGGUUGGUGCGGUUGAUGCCGUUGAUUCCGUUGAUGUAGGUACAGCGGUUGACGGGGUUGCUGCAGCUGGUGCGGUGAAUGCAGUUGAUGCAGGCGCAGCGGUUGAUGCGGUUGAUGUGGUCGAUGCAGUUGAUACACGUGCAGCGGCUGAUGGGGUCGCAUCAGUUGCUGCGACUAACGCGGCUGCGGCUAAUGCGGCUGAGGCUAAUGCGGCUGCGGCUAAUGUGGCUGAUGUAGGUGCAACGAUUGGCGCAGUUGAUGCAGGUGCAGCUGGUAAUGCGAUUGACAUGGCAGCAGGUACGGCAGCCAUUGAACGUCCAGCACCACCGCCACCACCGCCACCGCCUCGUUCCAGUGGCAGACCCGCAGCUGUGGUUGCCACUGGCCCCCGGUACACGCGGCCCACCAGUGCUGUCGACUCUCCCGACGUGAUCCUGCUGCGGCCGCCUGCCGUGACUCCCGACCCGCUGCCAGCAGCUCGAUCGGCCUUUAUCAGUUUGCGCGGCAACCAGAUGAUCGAGGAUGGCAAGCCAUUCUACUUCAUCGGCUUUAACGCACACUGGUUGCCUAACUUGGCAACAUUUGAGCAUGAGUGGGGCCGCACGCAGGCGGCGCUCUUCAUGCAGUCAGCGCAGCGACUGGGCAUGCGAGUAGGUCGCUGGUGGGCCUUCAACAAGGGGCUGCCGGUACGUCCCGGAGAGUACGAUGAAGACCAGGCAAGUAGAGCCUGCGUUACUUGGCCCCGGGCCCCUACAUGGCUGUGGCAGCCUUUUUCCUUUUCUUUCGUGCCAUCCAUGCAGCUGGUUUAUUUGUAUUUUCUCACACCUUCCCAGUUCCUGGGCCUGGACUACUGCAUCUACCUUGCCUCCAAGUUCCAGAUUCGCGUCAUUCUGGCGCUCACCAACCUUUGGCCGCAAUACAAGGGUCCCGAGCACUACCUGUACAUGGCAACCGGCAGCGCAGACGGCAAGACGGUUUACGACUACUAUGCUGACCGUUCCACACGGGAGCUGGUGAAGCGGCACUUCGACGCCGUGAUCAACCGGGUCAACGCCUACAGCGGGUUCCGUUACCGUGACGACCCCGCCAUACUGGGAUGGGACGUCAUGAACGAGCCGCGUUGCCCAGGAUGCGAUGCCUCCCAGCUGACAGUGAAGUUGGACUGGCUGCGGGAGAUGGCGUCGUACUUGAGAUCCAUAGACCCCAACCACCUCAUCACACAGGGCAGUGAGGGCUACUUCAUGCCGGAUCCCGCCACAAACCUGCACUUGCUCAACCCGGGGGCAGGCGCGCAAUGCGAGGGGGAGGACUGGGUUGCCACCGUAUCCAUGAAGGAGCAUGACUUUGCUUGUAUACACGUGUACGAACGGCAGGUUGAGGAGCUGCCCUUUAACCCGGACCCCAAGCGCAAUGACACCAACUGGGUGAAGUGCGACUUCGUCUGCUACAUCAACUGGUUCACUCGCUACGUAGAGGCUCACGAACAGAUAGCCGCGCAGCUGGGCAAACCAUUGCUGCUAGAGGAGUAUGGCCUGACGUGGUGGCGAAUGUGGGAGCACGACAGACGUGUAUUGCUGCAGAUUACCUUCGAGAUGCUCAUAAACAGUGCCAAGCGCAAUGGGCCGCUGGCAGGCGUCAUGUUCUGGAACGCCGCCGCCAACUUCACGGGCGAUUGGGACGGCUACAAUAUCUACAUUCAGCGCACUCCCAAGUCCAUCAAAAAGCCCGCGCCCUUCGACUACGGCCCAGCCACCGGCAGCCUCAUUCCUGGACCCAACCCGAUCACCAUAGCAGUCUCAGCUCCCCCGGGCGGUGCCUCCCCUGCAACGGCCGUCCGCAAGGCCGUGCGCCGCAGCCGUACGUUGCUCCAGAACCUGAACCACUACAAUCUGUCCAACAGCAGACACGAGGAGAAGCGCAAACCGAGCGAGCUCAGCCGACUGGAGGAACGGCUUCCUGAGCUUGCACCCUCAGCGGCUUCGGACGUCCAGCUGGAAUUGACGCAGCUGGAGGAUGUCGCGGACCAUGCUGGACCAAUUGGAUCCGGUAUUCCUGCUGAAAGGGCCUUGGAGCGGGAGCGGGAGAGGGCACGGGGGCGUAAGCAGGAAAAUCGACAGCAGAAUGGAGCCCCACUCGAGCGCGUGGACUUUCUGGAAAAGUCAAAGCUGUCGCAGGAGCUGCAUCCGGCGAUGUUGGACUUGGUGCUGAACGGCCAACUGGGCCGACCCAUGGGUACCCAGCCAGUGGUGGACCCAGCAAGAAGCCGGCGCUACAAACCACAGAGCUCGUCGUCCUCCACCAAGACGGCUUUACGAGAGGAAACCAAUGACAGAGAUGCAGAAGGGGGCCUGGAGCGCAAAGGAUCCGUCACCUUGGCGGCUGGGGGAGAUGCGGAUGUGGCAGCGGCAGCUCAAUGUGGUGGCGGCGAAUACAACGGCUCCACACUGGCCGACGCGCCCGAUGCGGCCGCAGUGCGCCGAAGGGGCCGACGUCUCCAAGAGCAGAUGGUGGAGCUUGACGGCUUCCGACGCGCCUGGCAUCGAAACGACUGUGCGGUGCGGAACAGCCGGGUGUGGCGGCCGCCCCCCAUCCCCCGCCACGUCAACUACCAGGCCUACCGGCAGUACGUGGAGGACUUGGACCCCGUGGACAUGAUUCAAUGGGCCACCCGUCAGCUGUGA